GUAUUAUGUAUUUUGGAGCGCUGGUGGCCUAGCGUCAGGGCAUGGCAAAAUCUUCAUAUACCUCGCAGCAGCAUCAAGAUCAUAGUCGAUAUCUGGAUAUCUUGAAAGAGGAUUUUGAGAAAAAAUUUCAACAGUGCUCCGAUAUCAAAAAGUCGCGUGAGGAUUUCGAUACGAUUAAAGCAAUUGGUAACGGGGCUUACGGAGAAGUUUAUUUAGUAAGAGAGAAAAGUUCAUUUUCUUAUCACGCCAUGAAAGUCGUUGAGAAAAAAGUCGUGGUAGAAAGAAAACAUGUUAAACAUUUAUUAAUUGAAAAGAAAAUUCUUGAAAGUAUAAAAUUUCCUUUCUUGAUUAAUUUAGAUUGCUCGUUUAAAGACAAUGUAUAUCUAUAUUUUAUAUUGCCCUUUAUAGCAGGGGGAGAGUUGUUCUUUUACUUGCAGAAAUAUGGUAACUUCUGUGAUGAGUUAUCUAAAUUUUACGCUGCUCAAGUUGUACUGGCCCUAGAAUAUUUACAUCAUUGCCAUAUCAUUCACAGAGAUAUAAAGCCAGAGAACAUACUGGUCGCAGAAAAUGGCUUUUUGAAGCUCGUCGACUAUGGUUUUUGUAAAGUGAUACAAAAGAAAACGUGGACAUUGUGUGGUACUCCGGAGUACUUGGCUCCGGAAGUGAUACUGUCAAAAGGCUACUCGUACCCAGUCGACUGGUGGGCUUUGGGUGUCUUAAUAUUUGAGAUGAAUGCUGGAUUCCCGCCAUUUUUCGAUUCCGAACCAAGUAAACUAUACGAUAAGAUAAUAAAUAAUCAGUACAAAUGCCCUGAUAUUUUUGAUGGAGAAUGUAAGAACUUGAUAAAAAGCCUGCUUCAAUUAGAACCCACGAAACGAUUAGGAUCUCUUAAAUCAGGAGUAUAUGAUAUAAAAAGUCAUCGUUGGUUCCGUGAUACUGAAUGGAGUAAGCUACUGCACCAGGAGUUAGAGCCGCCCUUUAAGCCAGUCACCUCGUCGGCUGGCGACACCAGUAAUUUUCCUGACGUCCCAGAACAUAAAUUGGUGUCGGGAGAAGAAUGUUUAUAUGAAAAAGAAUUUAUGGAUUUUUAAAUUUUGAUAAUAUUCUAUGUUAAAUGCUUUCUAAUGUAAAAUAUGUAUCAAUAUUUUUAAUAUAAAUAUACCCGAAUAAUAAGCUCC